UGUGUGUGUGUGUGUUUGUGCAAAAUCCCACCAGCAGGUGAACAUCAUUAUUAUCAUCAUCAAUCAAAGGAAUUUGAUUUACAAGUGACACAAGACAGUGGGAUCAUAAGUUGUAGUAGGAGUAGUAGCAGUAACCAAUCUUUUCAAGUGGAAGAGAUCAACGGUCCUUCGCGUGAUUGGGUGCAGUGGUGCAGUGCUUGCCGGGGAAGAAGGGAAGUUGGGGUGGCCACGUCAUCGGGCAGUUUGCCUCCAAGUGCACCGGGCCCCGGGGCUGCAGUGGUGGGUUGCCUGGUUGGAGUGUAUCCGUGUUCUCAAACUUCGGCGGGGCCCAGGGGCCCCACAACAGCCACACAUCUCAUUCAAGGUAUUCCAACAACUCAACAACUUCAGGGGACCAGUUGUCGUGCCUGUUGCUGCUCCCAUAUCAACAACCAUCAUCAUCAACAGCAGCCGCCAACAGCGGUCCAGCUCACCAGCCAACGGGGCGGUCUAUCGCUGAGGGUAGCGAGGGUGGCGUCCACCACCUCCGUCCGAGCCGCCCCCUACGCCCAUCCCCAGCACCAAGGGCUGGGGCCAGAGUGCAGGUGUAGGGAGGAGACGGGCGCAGUGGGUGGAGGUGGUGCGCACAUCCUCGGCAGUCCGAUGCUGUUUGUUCCGUUCACGGUGCCGACUUUCCCCGCGACGCACCACCAGACGUCUCAUCCGGUUCACCAGACGCACCAUCAGCAGCUGCAACCCAACAACCAGAAUCCGGUGCAACAGCCGCCACCGCCGCAGCUCACUCAACUCAACCAGCUGAAUCAUCUCAAUCAUCAGGGCAUCGUACCUGUGACUACCAAUCAACCCACCGUUCAUAGUACCAGCUGUUCACCACAACAGCAGGCUACAACACCCAACAAGGAGAUGAAAGUCAACUGGGCGACGUCGCCGGGUAACCAACCGAAACAGGACACGAGCAAACACUAUCACAUAUUCGUUGGGGACCUGAGCCCGGAGAUCGAGACGCAGACCUUGAGAGAAGCCUUCGCCCCCUUCGGCGAGAUCUCGGAUUGCAGAGUAGUUAGAGAUGCACAGACUAUGAAAUCCAAAGGAUAUGGAUUCGUUUCGUUUGUUAAAAAAGCGGAAGCGGAGAGCGCUAUUGGUGCCAUGAAUGGCCAGUGGUUGGGGAGUAGAAGCAUCCGAACGAAUUGGGCCACACGUAAACCACCGGCACUUAAAUCGGAAGCUAACGCAAAACCGCUGACAUUCGAUGAGGUCUACAAUCAAAGCAGUCCGACCAAUUGUACCGUUUAUUGUGGAGGAUUGACCAAUGGUCUAACAGAGGAGCUUAUGACGAAAACAUUCUCGCCAUUUGGCUCCAUUCAAGAAAUUCGUGUUUUCAAAGACAAAGGAUACGCUUUCAUUAGAUUUUCUACAAAGGAAUCAGCAACGCACGCUAUCGUUGCAGUACACAACACUGAUAUCAAUGGUCAGACGGUGAAGUGUAGUUGGGGUAAGGAAAGUGGAGAUCCCAACAAUGCUCAACAAACCGGACAGGCUUUGUCUUCGGCAACGUAUCCGUAUUAUGCAGCGGCAGCUGCAGCUGCUGCAGCAGCAGCUGGCGUCACAGGAGUUGGUGGUGUCGGUGGUGUUGGGGGAGCUGGUCAACUCGGAUAUUGGUACCCUCCACAAUCUUAUCCAACGACAGCAACGCAAAUGCAAGCUGGAGGAUUUCUUCAAGGAAUGCAGGGUUACACAUACGGCCAAUUUCCGGGAUAUCAACAAACUCAAUAUUUAGGAAUGGGAAUGGGAGUUCAUGCAGCGGGAACGGCUGCUGGUUGGGGACAAGGUUUACCUGGUGGACCUCAACUUCCGCCACAUCAUGCCACAACAGUGACAGCACCACCUGGAGUACAAGCGGCACCACCACCUCCUCCACCUCCAGCGCAAAUGAUGGCCUAUCCCAUGCAACAAUUCCAGGCACAAUGAUCACUACCAGUACCAGAACACAGCAUCGCUUGUCCUUUAUAUAAAUACGUUAACACAAAAGUUUCGACAAUGCGGCCAAACUUAAUAUCAAAUUGUCUUCCCUAUUCAAUUGAAUUUUAUACUGAUGACAAUGCAAUAAAUGACAUUAGCGAGAAGUUUCUUGAAAAAUGUUGUCUAUAAAAAUCAAAACAUAUUUUCCUUUCUUAUUCAUGAUUUGCUCAUAUUGUAAAAAAAAAACAAAUAAACAAACAAAAAUGUCCAAAAAAGAAAGUAACACAAAAAUUUUAAUUUCUUAUAAUUUUUAGGAAAAAUAAAAUACUUUAUUAAUUUUUUUAAACAAAACUUUCUAAUGUCCUACAUAUCGCUAGUGCUUUAAAUAUAUGUGUAAAUUAACCACAAAGAGUAUAUAUAUAUAUAUACUAUAUACUAUAUACUAUAUAUAUAUAUAUAUAUGUAAGUAGAAUAUUUUAACAUAAAUAGAAACGAAAAAAAAAAUACAAAAUAAAAAAACAGCGUUAAACUAGAAAAAGCUGUGCUUUGAUGUUAUUGCUUUUUGUUAAUUGAUAUUAAAAAAACACAUUUUCAAGUAAAAAGGGGGCAAUUUAAUUUUGUCGUUAAAUUUUUCUUUUUUGGUUUAAAAAUUCAGAUUUUAUGCUAGAUUCCCUCAAUUAUUAUUAUAUGAGGAAUAUUGAAAUAAAUUUCAAAAAAAGGGAAUAUAAAUUUGAUAUUAGGUGACGGCUUUCAUUUGUGGUAGAACGAAACUUAGAAAUAGCACAUUAGAUGUGGAGAGUGUGAAAGAGAAUGUUUGCGAAUGUAAAUAAAAUAAUAAUCAAUAAAAGAGAGAGGGAGAGAGAGAGAGAGAGAGAGAGCAAGAGAGAUAGAGUGAGUGAGUGGUUAGUUUAUUUUCACCCCUCUUGAAUUUUGGACACCAAGACUUAACCAGCGUUUGUGUGUUCAAAUGGUAAAGUGUGUUCUUGGUUGCGGUCCAGCUAGCGGAUGAGGACUGGCUGACGCCUAGCCUCCUAGUGUGAUGGUAAGCAAGCACAACCCAUCGACAGGAAUAACUUCAACAGCUGUAGCUACGACAACAUCAACAACAAUCAUUAACAUCGCCUCAACCAACAUCAAUGUUAUUAGCGCUUCAACCAUCACAGCAUUGUCGAGAAGAAACGUUCCACUUCCCGCUUAAUUUACAUAAAAAAAAAAAAAAAAUAAUUUUCAAAAAAAUCGAACAUUGUCGCGAUUAACAUUUUUCCCAUCAUGUUUUUUAACUAAACAAUUAAAAGCGAAUGCGAUGGUUCGUCUAUAGCGAUUAAAUUCACUAUUUCAUUGAUGUUGUAGUUUCCUCUCAAAAUGAGAAUAAUGAAAAAAAAAGAAGUUAUAUAUGCCGAAAAUGAUAAUUCACAAUGGGCAGAAAUAUCCUUUAUAACGAACCAUCGUGUUUCCGUUCCGUGAUUAUAAUAAUUGUGAACGACAGCAUAUAAAACAAAAAAUAUGGUUGAAAAAUAAAAAAGUGGUAUAGCGACUCCGAAAAAGCUCGCCCGAUUCUCGAAGUCCUUUGAAAAAAAGAAAAAAAAAAAAUUAUAUCUCGAUAGGUAAUAAAAUUUUCGAAUCCCAAAUAUUAUUUAAAAAGGGACACGAGACACUGGAUCUUCCGCAAGUGCGGCAUAAUAUUGCGCCACUCGAUCCGUUAUUUUUGUAGAUUUUGAUCGCAGCGAUUUUUUGAGGGCCACUAACCAGUGCAAGCCGGGUUGUCGUACUUAUUAACCAAAGCAACAAAAAAAAAAGAAACAAAAAAAAACCAAAAAAAAAAAAAAAAACUGUAUAAACAAUAGAGCAAAUGUGAGAAGCGUAUUAGUGAAAAAAAAUAACAAUAUAUGGGUAGUUAGUUAGGUAUAUUAUAAUGUAGUUAUAACUUCAGGACGAGCCGAAAUUCGGCGAUGACGCCGGAGAUUUUGGGCAACAUUAACAAACAAAAAAAAACAAAAAAAAAAAACGCCAAUCAUACCAUUUAAGAAAAAAAACUGUGACUAUCAAGGGCGCCGAAAGUCCAUUAUUUAAAUGGCUAGCUAGUAACAUGACAAUGGUAAUCACGCAAUCACGCGAAAAAAGAAAGAAAUCAAAAUCAAUCAGUCGCAGGAUCAAAAUAAAAACAGAACCUAGAAAAACAACUUUUUAUCGCAUCUCAAUUUAUUCAAAUUUUCAAAUUUUUCUAUAAAGAUUAUGACAAAAAAAAAACAAAAAAAAAAAAAACGGGUACUAUCAAGGAUCUAACAACAGAUCAUACACUAUCGAAACAUUGUCAAAGUUCAAGCAUGAAGUUUUUAAACCAAAGACUAGAUUUUUUAUACACAAUCGUAUACCGCCGGUAUACAAAAAAAUAUAGACAGCGAGUUAUUACCGAGAUUUAAGUGCUAAACUAGCAAGUCGUCAAGACUGAAGAGAUUAACAAUCUUAGUGUAUACCCUUGCACUUUUCUAAAUUCUCUUGAAGUCAAUUUUUUUUUCUCAUUUUUUCUCAUUGAGAACUUGGAAAAGCCCAAUGGAGUUUGGCUUAGACAUUUACCCCAUUUUAAGCAUAUAGACCUAAAAAAAAAAAAAAAAUAAAAAAAUGUGAUUGAAAAAAAUGUCAAAAAAUUUUCAAUUCAAAAUUGAAAAAACGCAUUUUUUUCCGAUUUAGUGAAGAAAAAGUUGUUUUUUAAUUUCCUUUUUUUUUACAAAGAAUUUUUUAUGCGAUUUAUUAUUGCGAAAAAAAAGUUCCUAACUAGGUUUCAAUUUAUAAUAUCGUUGAUGACUUUUUAUGAAAACUAUAUUUCUAUUGUUUUAGAAUAUUUUCUAUAUUCUUUGCGAAAUAUUUAUGUAUUCUUUAUAUAUAUAUAUAUAUAUAUAUAUGUAUAGAAUUGGACGUGUUUUAGAAUAUUUCGGGUCUAGAGCUUAUAAUUAUUGAGGAUUGACGAAGUAGAAUAUAUAGUAUAUUUAUAAUAUAUAUAUAUAUAUUUUUUUUUUCUAUUAAAUUGAAAAAUCUUCCACGGAUGCCCCGAAUUUCGACUCGACCGCCCCCGCAGAAUUGUCAAAUGUUAAAAAGACAUUCGCUAAAUGCACACAGUUUGAACGAUAAUCGAACCUGAAAAAUGAGGAGAGAGAAGGGGAUUUAAAAAAAAAGAAAAAAAAAACUCGUAGAUAGUCAUAUUGCACCCACAGCACGAAAGUUAGAUUAGAAGUGAAGUGUUUCUUGCGAUCGCGUGUCCUGUCCUCCCGAUAGACUUCUGAAAGGCUGAUCGUACCGCUGAAAAAAAAAAAACAACCACCUAUUGGACUCCCGCCGAGGCAUAUAUAUAAUAUAAACAGUGAAAAAGAAAACGUAGAUAAGCUCUUUAGCAAAAAACAAAAAAAAAAAACAUAUAGAUUUUAUUUUUUGCAAAAAUUAUCCCAUUUUUUCAGUAACUCUAAUACCGAAUUAUUUUAAAUAAAAUAUUUAAAAAAUCAUUAUUUAAAAAAAAAAAUGAUGAAAAAAAUGGUUGAAGAAAAUUUUAUUUAGAAAAUAAAUAAUAGAAAAAAAAUUACAUUUUUUGCAGGAAAUUAUUUAUAUGAGAGAAAAAAAAUAUAAUUCUUAAUACUAUGAAGAGGAAUAUUGUGACAGUAAUAAAUUGAUUGGCAUUAGAGUAACUGAAAUUUCCACCCUCUUUCAUAAAAAAAAAAAAUUUCUUUUCCUCCUCUCCCUCUUUUUUUUUUUUUUAUUUGUUUUCUUCUCAUCCAGACGUCGCGAACUCUCGUGGGAGAUUAAACGCACAAAUCCACAACCAUAAUGUAUCGUUUCAAGCAGAAUCGACUCACAAUCAGAGGGAAAUUAAAAAAAAAAAAAAAAACAAUACUAACGCGCUUUAGACGAUAUAUACUCUAUAUAUAUUUAAUUGAAAUUUUCAAGUUUUGGAAAUUUUUGUAACUUAUAUCGAGAAAUCUUGGAACGAGUAGCUUUCAAAGUGGAGAUGAAAAAAAUAUGUAACUAUAAUUAUAUAGUAAGUAAACAUCAAUUAGUUAUUUGCGAAAUAAUUUUUUUUUUUUUUUAAACCUAUGUGGGACGAGGAUAAUGAUUUUGACAACUGAUGUACCAAAUUAGUUGAAUCUGGCUGUGAAGUCUGGUCGUGUAUAUAAAAACUAGGAACGAAAGAGAGAAAAUGGACAUUUAAAAAUAUAGGGUGGGUAAAAUUGAGAAAAAGAGUUAAUUAGAAAGCGGGCAAAAAAUAGAAUAGAAACAAAAAAUUGACAAAACAAGAUAUGGUAAUUAGAGAAAGGGAAAAAUUGGAAGUUUUUAGAAAAAUAGAUUAAGAAAAACAGAACGGAAAUAUUAAAAGUAAAUAAUAUCACAGUUUCCUGAGGCUCUCAAAUUGAGACCAUAAACAGCAUCAAAACGUUGCAUUAUCAACAAUUUGAUACACUUUGUGGUCUUAAUUUGAUAUCCUCAGAAAAACUAUGAAGAUAAAAAUUAAAGGAAUGGUAAAAUUAAAACUAGAAAAAAUAGUUAAAAAGAAAGAAAAAGAAAAUUAGUAAGAAGAAAAAUAAGGGAAAAUAGAAGUAAAUAUAAGGGACAUUAGGGAAAUUUGAUUGUUUACAAAAAAAAAAUAACGAGUCAUGAAAGAAACGUGCGAAAAGGGAACGUCUUUAUACUAUUAAUCAAAAAGACACUUGAGUCGGUUCUUUAAGCAAAUCAAAAAGAGAGGUUCCCUGUUUUACUUUUAAAAAUCAAAAAAAAAAAAAAAAACUAACAAA